GCUGCGGGGCACGGGCCCUGCCGGUGCCCGCCCUGCGAGGCCCGUCCCGGCGGGGGGCGAGGUCUGCCGGGGCCGGCCCUUGAUGUGCAGCCGUAGCGCGGGGCCCUGGCACGCCGCCUGCCAGCGGGGCUGUGGUGUAGAACACCCUCAGUCUCUGUCCACGGAACUGGCGUUCUCACGGACGGCAGGGACACGGUCGGUGUGGCUCAUCCGCACGCACCUGACAGGUCCGGUAGUUGUUGCUAAACCGUGCAGCGAAAACUGUUCGCACCGUCAGCUGGAGGGAUUCACUUAGUGAGGAAUUCACUUGCUUCGUUCUCCCGCGGCUCGGUCGGGGAGCAGCAUUCCCAGCGCCCGCAUAACAACCACCACACACACCGUGCAGCUGGGGCCCCGGUUUUCCAGGCUCCUCAGGCAGAGAGGCAGGAGUGAGGACAAGGACACACUGUUCAAAAUCUCUGAAGAUGCAUAAGAUGCAUAUGAAGAUGUAUGAAAUCCAACAACUACCUGAGCAUGAGAUGCACACAGCUGAGCAAUCCACUGCUCCCCAGUCUGCCAGACAUCAAUUUCAUGACAGAGGUCAUGACAGUUUGGAUCCAGUUUGGUAUACCUGGCAUCAAAGAAGAAGGGUAAAAGAAUGCCAAAUCAGAUAUCUGGCAAGCAAAUUCUUCUAUAUGUGGGCAAAAAAGACAUUUGGACAAGUUCUUCCUUCCAAAGCCAGAUGCUUUUAUGACCAGAAGAUUCUCCAAAAAACUUUUGGAGAGUGGAAGGAGUGGUGGACUGUUUGCAGAGAAGGAAAGCUCAGCCUCAGAGCAGACAACCAUUACAGGCAUUUUCUCUGCAAUAUGAUGUUCAAGACCUGGAGAGCCCAUGUAAGGCAGCAACAAGGAAAGAGGAACAAAUACUAUGUUGUACAGUCUCAUGCAAAGAAGCAAAACUUGCUCAGGACCUGGCAGUGUUGGCUGGUUUAUGUUGAUGUCCGAAGGACAAAACGUGGGAUGCAGUCUGUGGCGUGGGCAUUCAGGGAAAGAAGCAGUUUACGCAUAUCGUGGGCAGUGUGGAGAAGACGCUACCAGAGCUGCACAGGACGUAAAAUGACUGUUUUGGCUCUGCAGCACUGGGCCCAGAGCCUGCAAUUUCGAGCUUGGCUGCAGUGGCGAGAGCUGUAUUUGUACAGCCAGAAUAACAAGCAGAAGGAGACUAGGGCAGUAACUCACAAUCAGCACUGGGAGUUGAAGAGGUGCAUGGAAGCAUGGCUGGGAUAUGUAAACCUUCAGAAAACAAAGAAACUUCAGACUGAGCUGGCCCAGGAGCAUCACCGAAGCAGGAUAGUCCGGUGGUGUUUCUCUAGCUGGCGGCUGUCAUGGGAGUGCAGGAGAAGAAUGCAUGCUCACCAAAAGGACAUGGAGAAGCUAGCAUCAAGGAUUGCCUUACGGAGAGUCUUUGUACACUGGAAGCAUUAUGUUGUACUGUGUGUGGAAGAGACGCAGCAGUGUGAGCUGGCUGAAAAACACUACAGGCAUCAUCUGUUGGUGCUGCAGAAGUUCUGGAACCGCUGGAAGUCCCGUUUGGAAGAGAAGGAAGAACAGCAGCAGCAGGCCUUAACAACAGUGGCUUAUGCCCGUUAUAGGAGGGUGUUGAUGAGACAGGUAUUUGACACGUGGCUGCUGAAAGCCUGCAAGCAGCAAGAAUACCGAAUGGCAGAGAAGAGGGCUGCACUUCAUUGUGAAAGGCAGCUAUUGCAUCGUUUCUUGUGCUUCUGGCGUAGAAGAACAGCUGCAUGUUUGGAGGAGCAAGAGAACUUGGUUCAUGCACAAGGUCACUACAGCAACCUGCUGCUGCUAAAGGUUUUCUGUCUGUGGAAGCAAAAUACUCAGGAGAGAAAAACAGAGAGGCUGAAGGAGAUGCAAGCCUUAAGAUUUCACUAUUCAAAGUGUCUGCAGCAGACUUGGAACAAGUGGAAGGAGUAUGUGAAACAUCAGCGUGAGAAAUGGAGGAAGCUGGUGCAAGCUGACAUGCACUAUCAGCACACGUUACUGAGCAAGACCUUGGCAGCCUGGAAGACUUACCAACAUAACAUAGAGUGUAUUCUAUCCCAAGUAGCUGACAAGGAGAACCAGCACACCAGACUACUGCUCCGGCAGGUUCUGUGUUUGUGGAAGGAAAAUGCUCUUGCUCUUGUACGUGAAGCUAAGGCUGCUAUUCAAGCAGAUGAGCACUACAGGAGAGCAAUCCUGUCAAAGGUGUUGGCACAGUGGAGGUACACUGCCCUGCUCCAAGUGUGUAGCCGUCAGCAGAAGAUGAUGGCUGUGAUGCAGGCCAGAAAACAUUUGGAUAUAGUGCAUUUACAGACCAUUUUUCUUCACUGGAAGGACUUAACUAGGGAGUCUUUGAUACUGAGGGCUCAGCAGCACAGGGCAGCACAGCACCACCAGCAGCACCUACUGCAGAAGUACCUGGUGAAAUGGAAGAAGUAUCAUCAGCAGUGCCUUGGGAAAAUGCUGCUACGGAGACUGGGAGAUCAGCUAAUGACUCGUAGACUUUGCUCUUCUUCCUUCUCUUGCUGGAAGACACGGCUGUUGGAGCAGCAAUGGGAAAAGCAGAAGAUGGUGCAAGCAUUGUGGCACUGGUCCCUUUCAUUGCAGAGAAAGGUAUUUGCUGCUUGGCUCAGAUUUACCAAAGGGCAACAGCAGAAGAAAGAUUGCAUAGAAAAAGCCACAGGAGUUUACCAAGCUGUUCAUCUGAGAGAAGGUGUAACCCAGGUAUUGAGAUACACCACUGGCUUGAAACAGUUGCAAGGACAGCACCAAGCCCAGCAUCAGCUCAAGGCAGCCUACAACCUUCACCAGUCAGUGUAUCGCUGUGCCAUGCUGUGGAAACAGAAAGCUCUCUCCAAGAAAUUAAAUAAGCCUUGUUCUUUUCUGCUACCUCUGAAGAAGCAAGUGAUGUUUAAAAUGACUGAUGUUAGUUCUGGGAGAAGAGGACAUUCAGCAGAGGAAGAGCCAUGGCCUUCAAAGCACAGUCGCCUACCAUUUCACCCUGCUGAUGGGGACUCAGUUCUCAGUAAUCUAAAUAGCAUUCAACGAGCAAGGUUACCACCACAGAGGCCUGACUUCCUUCAGGGCUCUCUAGAAGGCAAUGCACUGCUGGGAUCUCCUUUUUCUAGACCAGAGGCACCCUUUCAGCAUACAUCUGUGAACAAAUGUCUUGGGCAGACUGGGAACUUAAUGCAAACACCUGAAGUAGAAGAAAGUACCCGUAGAUGUCUGUCCCAAAUGGGCAAUACCACUCGAUCCUACCCAUCUCUUGUACGUGCUUUACCACUGUGGACAAAUGCUGUGCACCGUGCUACUCAGAGGCCAGAGCUAAGGUCUCCUUCGUCUUUCAUGCCUCAAAUGAAAGCUGGAGCAGAAAUGGGAGCAGGUCAGUCUGUGAGUGGUCACAAAGGAGCCCAUUCCCAAGACUCUCAACAGGACUCUAUGGAGAAGAAGUUACGACCAAACUUGGAGCCACGUUUGUUGUUACCUGAAACCCUGGUGGGAAAACGGAGUCACCAGACUGCAGCUGAAAGGGAACAAAGGGAGUCCAGUUCCAGAGAAGAAAUGUUACAGAGGAAGCUGGAAGUUGAACUCCGACACAUCCAACAGCAGAUGCAGUACUACUUCAGCAGGAAGCAAGAACUCAAGUUCUGUCAGCAGCAGGCAGAGAUUCUAGAGCAGUGGCUAGAAAACAGCACACAACCAGAGGACCAAGGUGGUGUACAAGAUGUUCAGGAAGAAUUGAAUCAGCUGCAGGUGAGGAUCAACACUCUCACCAAAGCACAACAGAAAGAGAGGUAUCAUGUGCAGAGCCUGGUUGCCCGCCUGCAUGAAAUCCAGAUUGCUCUCAGUACAUAACGCAUCUGAACCACUAUUCCAGCUCAUGGGUAGGACUUUUUGCUCUUUUUAUAGCAGGGGAGGAUGGGGAUGUAUACAUUCUCUUAGCCUAU